CUUCAUUCUAGUGAUAACAGAUUUCACCCUGCUUUCAACAUUCUCACAUCUGUCAACUCAAUCCAAAUGUCUACUCCAGUUCAAUCUUCAUUGGCCGACCUCAAGGCAUCCACUGCUCAACUUGUGGGCGUCAUUGCCGGCGCCCGGCACGUCCCGGCCGGCUCAGUGCACAUCCACAUUGCUCUGGCAAGGCAGGUCACCAAUCUGUUGGCUGACAUCAUCCGGGUGCAUGAGAAAGGGGAUUACAUCCCUGGCAUUGUGGCUUCCUGUUCUAAGGAGCUGAUGAGGGUGCGUUCCAUGACUCCCCAGGUGUUGCCCAACUGGCACAGCAUUGGCCAUGAUGAUCCCCGGGUGGCUAGACACGCCUGGCGCAAGCAGGUCCGUGCCUGGGAGGCGUUGGGUGACAAUUCCUGUGAUCUCCCUGUUGUUUCUAAUCCUUCCACUGGCCCACUGACUGUCAAUCUUCCGUCUCCACCUGUCCCUUCCCCCGCACCUACGACCUCCGAGUUCCGGGACAAAGGGAAAGGUAAGGCCAUUUCUGUUGACUUGGAGCCGGAAGUCGGAGGGAGCAACAAGAGGAAGUCCCCCAUGAUUUCUGGACACUCCUCCCAACCUCCGAAGUCGGCGAUGAAGGGUCACAAGCGUGUCAAGUCAACUGGACUCCCCAAGUCAAAGCCGUUUGUGGAGUCGGAAGAUGAUGAAGACCCAAUUGUUCAGCCGAUUUCGCGUGGAGUGCCAGAGGUCGUCCUUUCCCAGCUCUCCACCAUUGUUGUAAGGAAACCCCAGUCGCCUCGUUCACCUGGUUCCCCCAAGAAGCAAUCAUUUGGGCCUGCUUCGCUGACUGCCGGCAAACGUCCGGAGGUCAUGGAAUCUCCCAUCAGUCGUCCGGAGGCUCGGGCAACCUCCGGCAGUCGUCCGGAAGUUGAGGAGUCCACUGGUGAUACUUCCAGCGCUUCGGACGGUGACCCUCCGGCCACUACCACAUUUGAUAUCACCAUUCCCGGCCCAAACAACCCCUGCCAUUAUUGCGUCAAGGAGAAUUGGCCCUGUGCGACUCGUUUGGACAAGAGGUCCAGCCUCCCCUGCCUGUCUUGCAUCCGCUGCUCCACCAAGAAGAUCAAAUGCAACCCGGCAUCUCUGGGAUCCCCGCCCAAACGGACCCGAGGGAAGUCUACCACGGGACGGACGCGUUCCAAGACACCUGCCCCUGCUCCAUCCACUGCUCCGUCUCCCUCCAGGUCAAGGGCCCGGACUCGUAGUCAAUCUCGUGGCCCGUCCCGAACUCCGGCCAUCCCUGCUGCAAGUACACCCCAGGUGCAACACCUGCACCCUGCACCUGCACCUGCACCUGCACCUGCACCUGCACCUGCUGCGCCAGCUCCUGUUCGGUCUUCGAGUUCCGCAGUGCCUCGUGCAGCACUAGAUGUUCCCAUGCCGGAUCUCCAUUCCAUGGCAAUCGCGAUUCGGGAUGGUGCAGCUCGCAUCGCUAUUCUUGAGGCUCGGGUGCAGGAGCAGGAUGCUAAGAUUGAUACCCUCCAACGCCUCCAUGAGAGCCUCCGGCGCACAAUGGUCGACCCGCACCCUUCAUUUUCACUUCCGGACACACCGGCCGAUGCAACAAUCUUGCUUGAUCAAUCUGGUCCCCCCCCGUCCAUUUCACCCCUCCCCUCCACACUUUCCAACCUCAUUGAUUUGGACAUGUCAGUCAUGGAACCCACACCCUUGAUGGUUGAGGAUGGAUCUGCUAUGGUAGGUCUCAAUGUUGAGCCCACCCAAGUUCAGCCUGAGGGUCCACAAUCCUCCGGCAACCUCUUGCCAGAAUCCUCCGGCGAUAUUGUGGUCCCUAAUGAACAAGGUAACCUCCUGCCAGAAUAUGAUUCCUCUGAUGAGGAUAUGGAUGUUGAGGGGAAGGUUGAUCUUCCUGGUGAGGAGGUUGCAAUGGCUACAUAAUUGCUCAGUGAUAGAUGUACAUAAAUCUUUUUCAAUGCAUGUUACCUAUGCCACAAUUGAAUGAUUCAAUAAUCAGUCCC